AUGAAGGUCGCCGCAUCGGCGCUCCUCGUUGGAGCCGCAUCCGCCGCUGUUGCGCCUCAGCAGCAGCAGAUCCUCAAGUUCCCUGACUCCUUCAGCGAGCUCAAGGAGUCGACGUCGUCAUGGAGCAAGCCGCUCCAAAACCUCGAGGAGAGCCUCAAGUCGCUCACUGGCGAGGCUCGCGCCAUCUGGGACGAAGUCGCCAUGAUGUUCCCCGAGAGCUUCGAGAAGGCUGCUUUCUUCUCCCAGCCCAAGCCUCACACGCGCAAGCACGACAGCGAAUGGGACCACAUCAUCAAGGGUGCCGACAUCCAGAGCGUCUGGGUUGAGAACGAGAACGGCGAGAAGCAGCGCGAGAUUGACGGCCAGCUCGAGCAGUACAGCUUGAGGGCCAAGAAGGUCGACCCCAGCGUGCUCGGCGUCGACAAGGUCAAGCAGUACUCUGGUUACCUUGACGACGAUGACGAGGACAAGCACCUCUUCUACUGGUUCUUCGAGUCGCGAAACGACCCCAAGAACGACCCCGUUGUGCUCUGGCUCAAUGGCGGACCCGGUUGCUCUUCGCUGACCGGCCUGUUCAUGGAACUCGGCCCGGCUUCCAUCACAAAGGACCAGAAGGUCAAGCACAACCCCUACUCUUGGAACGCCAAUGCUUCCGUCAUCUUCCUCGACCAGCCCGUCAACGUCGGAUACUCAUACUCGAGCGGCUCAGUUAGCAACACUGUCGCUGCCGGCAAGGACAUCUACGCCCUGCUUACCCUCUUCUUCAAGCAGUUCCCCGAGUACUCUCACCAGAGCUUCCACAUCUCCGGAGAGUCCUACGCCGGACACUACAUCCCCGUCUUUGCCUCUGAGAUUCUGUCCCACAAUAACCGCAACAUCAACCUCCAGUCCGUCCUCAUCGGUAACGGUCUGACCGAUGGCCUUACUCAGUACGAGUAUUACCGUCCUAUGGCCUGUGGUGAGGGUGGCUGGCCCGCCGUUCUUGAUGAGUCUCAGUGCCAGUCUAUGGACAACGCCUACCCUCGUUGCGCCAGCCUCAUUGAGAACUGCUACAACUCCGAGUCUGUCUGGUCUUGCGUGCCUGCGUCCAUCUACUGCAACAACGCUAUGAUCGGUCCUUACCAACGCACCGGCCAGAACGUCUACGAUGUUCGCAAGCCUUGUGGCAGCAACUCUCUCUGCUACGAUGAGCUUGACUGGAUACAGGGCUACCUUAACAAGAAGGAGGUCAUGAAGGCCGUCGGCGCCGAGGUCUCCAACUACGAGUCUUGCAACUUCGACAUCAACCGUAACUUCCUUCUCCAGGGUGACUGGAUGAAGCCUUUCCACCGCGUCGUUCCCGGUAUCCUUGAGAAGAUCCCCGUCCUGAUCUACGCUGGUGAUGCCGACUACAUCUGCAACUGGCUCGGCAACAAGGCCUGGACUGAGGCGCUUGAGUGGCCUGGUGCCAAGGAUUACAAGAAGGCUCAGAUGGAGGACUUCAAGAUCGACGGUGACGGCAAGACUGUUGGUCAGGUCAAGUCCAGCGGUAACUUUACCUUCAUGAGGCUUCAUGCUGGUGGCCACAUGGUCCCUUACGACCAGCCCGAGGCUUCGCUCGAGAUGCUCAACAGGUGGUUGUCUGGUGAUUUCUGGCAGUCGUAG